AUGUCUUCCACCUCCUCUUCUGCAUGCAAGAAGCUGCUCGUCUUUGGAGCGACCGGGCUGGUCGGGAGCCGCAUCAUACGGGAAAUCGUGCGAAACAAGUCCAAGUUCGAGCGGAUCGCGGUCUUCACGUCGCCAACGACAGCUCAAACCAAAUCCGACCGAAUCGAGUCUCUGAAAAGCCAAGGCGUUGAGAUCAUCGUUGGUGACCUGACCAAACCCGACGAUGUCUCAAAAGCAUACGAAGGUAUUGAUACGGUGAUCUCUUGCCUGGGUAGAGGAGCCAUUGAGCAUCAACUGGAACUUGUGCGACUAGCCAAUGAGAGCCCGUCGGUGCACCGCUUCUUCCCAUCCGAAUAUGGCACGGAUGUCGAGUACGGACCGGCGUCAGCGCACGAGAUCCCUCACCAGAAGAAACUGAAAGUUCGAGCAGCCUUGCGGUCCUGUGAUCGACUGGACCAUACUUUUGUCGUCACGGGCCCCUACGCCGACGGCGAGCCGGGACUCUACUUCAGCGCCAAUUCCGCCGCCAAAGAAGCCGGAAGUUUUGAUGUCAAGAACAAGGCUGCCGUUCUACUGGGGGACGGCAACCUUAAGAUCAGUUUCACCACCAUGCACGAUGUGGGUAAAUUGGUUGUUCUUGCUGCCCUCCACGCAGAUGCAAGCCGCAACAAAGCCUUGCGAGUCAACUCGUUCACGGCCACUGAUGCCGAAAUCCUCGCGGAGUUUGAGAAGCAGACCGGUGGCCAGCCGUGGAAAGUGUCAUACACAAGCCUCGACGAGCUGAGGAGGCUGGAGAAGGAAGCGUGGGCCGCGGAGAAGCCUUUGGCCACCCUCUUCACGCUCAGGAGGAUCUGGGCUGAAGGAGGGACUUUGUACGACAGACGCGAUAACUAUCUCAUUGACGCAGAGGACGUCAUGGAUACCUUGGCCAAUGCGGUUGCCGAAGCCAUCAAGGUCCAGACUGCUACAUAA